AUGUCAGUGGACAAUGACACCAACCUUGCUCCCUCAAGCUACAUCCUGAUCGGCAUCCCGGGGCUGGAGGGGUCUCACAUCUGGAUCUCCAUCCCCUUCUGUCUGAUGUACCUUGUGGCGCUGUUUGGGAACUCGAUCCUGCUGUUCACCAUCAUUACCGAGCGCAGCCUCCAUGAGCCCAUGUACCUGUUCCUGUCCAUGCUGGCGGUCACUGAUCUGCUGUUGUCCACCACCACCGUGCCCAAGAUACUGGCCAUCUUCUGGGUGAAGGCAGGGGAGAUUUCAUUUGAUGGGUGCCUCACCCAGAUGUUCUUCAUCCACGUCAUCUUUAUCACAGAGUCGGCCAUCCUGCUGGCCAUGGCGUACGACCGGUACAUCGCCAUCUGCGAUCCUCUGCGGUACACAACGGUGCUAACCAAGUCCAUGAUUGGGAAAAUUGGGCUGGCGGCUGCAACCAGAAGCUUCUGUAUCAUCUUCCCCGUCAUCUUCCUGGUGAAGCGGCUCAAGUUCUGCAAAGCCAACAUCCUUCCUCACACCUACUGCGAGCACAUGGGCAUAGCCAAGCUGGCCUGCUCUGACAUCACGGUCAACAUCUGGUACGGGUUUGCAGUGGCCGUUCUAGCAAUAGGCUUGGAUGCUGUGCUCAUUGUUGCCUCCUACGGUCUCAUCCUUCGGGCCGUCUUCCAUCUCCCAUCCAAAGCCGCCCGGCUCAAGGCUCUGAGCACCUGCGGCUCCCACAUCUGCAUCAUAUUGCUGUUCUACACGCCAGCCUUUUUCUCUUUUUUCGCCCACCGUUUUGGGCACAACGUCCCCGGUUACGUUCAUAUCCUCCUGGCCAACCUCUACGUGAUCGUUCCCCCCAUGUUAAAUCCCAUCAUUUACGGGGUAAAAACAAAACAGAUCCUGAAGAGGGUGAUUCAGGUGUUUUAUCGAUGCUGCAGCAGGUCUGUGAUCUAG